AAGCCGCACUUCACCCGGAAAAGGAGGACCGAGGGAAGCGACGGCAGAGGAAUUGUUGUCGACCGUCUACACAAGUGUGAAGAGUUUCUUUCGCUAUUUAGAUAAUCCAGCGAGUUACGAAACAACUAGUACCCGAGGUACAUUCGCAGGAGGACUCAGCCUCGUCGUGCACACGGUAGAGAUGUCGGUCGCGCCUCCCAGUCGCUCGGCCGCCGGCUGGCCGCGCGGUGGUGCAGUUCAGUUUGGGAACAAAUACAUCAGCGGGCCCGCUAAAGCGCUCUCGCUGGAGAGGACCAUCAACCUAUACCCUCUAACCAACUACACAUUUGGCACCAAGGAGCCUCUGUAUGAGAAGGACAGCUCAGUGGCUGCCCGGUUCCAGCGGAUGCGGGAAGAGUUUGAUAAAAUGGGGAUGCGGAGGACAGUGGAGGGUGUUCUCAUUGUCCAUGAACACAGGCUGCCUCAUGUGUUACUGCUGCAGCUGGGCACCACUUUCUUCAAACUACCCGGGGGAGAGUUGACUGCUGGAGAAGAUGAGGUGGAUGGUCUGAAACGCCUGAUGACGGAGAUCCUUGGAAGGCAAGAUGGCGUGAAGCAGGAAUGGGUGAUUGACGACUGUAUCGGCAACUGGUAUCGUCCAAACUUUGAGCCUCCACAGUAUCCGUAUAUUCCAGCUCACAUCACCAAACCCAAGGAGCAUAAGAAGCUAUUCCUGGUUCAGUUGCAGGAAAAAGCGCUGUUUGCCGUCCCCAAGAACUAUAAACUGGUGGCAGCACCUUUGUUUGAACUGUAUGACAACGCUCCUGGAUAUGGACCAAUCAUUUCCAGUCUACCACAGCUAUUGAGCAGGUAUAGUUUAUGUCAUUGUGGAACUAGCCUGAAUUGAACUGAAACCCUUGGGUUUUUCUUUUUUUCCCUUUUUUUCCUUUUAACUGUCACUGGCUAAAUUAAACGUGGCGCUGAAAUAAAAUAUCAUCACAUAAAUUGUCUGUAUCAAGGAUUUGCAAUGUGCAACUGCUGACAACCUGUAUAACCUGUAACUUUUCUAACUAAUCAAUCGGCUUGUAUUGUUAAUGUUUGAAAUGUAACAUAAUAAACAUUUUAUCAACGCAGUGAAAGCACAAUGGGUAUAGAGACUACUAAAGAGCGUUUUAGAUAGUAUCCAUCCUUCUGAAGUAUCUGAGGACUGCACCACAGCUUCUCUAUGAAAGCCAGGAGAAGUAAUACGAGACGUAUACCUGUACACAAGAUAUUUGCAGAUAAAGAUUCUACUUAAAAAAAUAUAACAAAUAUGCACUUCAGUGUGCAGGUGUGUCACUUUUAUCCAAGUUGUACACCCCUCAGAUGAACUAGUCACACCACUAGGUUUGCAGAGAUUUUUCUUGUAUUUUGACUUUAAUUUAAGCUAAAUGGUUUCACCUAAAGAUAAUGAAUAUUGCAAGAGAAUGAUAUGUUGGUGCUGGAGUAUUCCUUCAGAGCAGGAAAUUACUCUUCCAUGAUCUCUGAAACUUACAGGGUCAGUGUGUAGCAUUUCGGUGGACCCAUUAGCAGAAAUGGAAUAUACUAUUUGUACCGAUGUUUCUAUUGGUGUAUAAUCACUUUAAACUAAGAACUAUUUUGUUAGCUUAAAAUGAGCUCUGUAUCUCUACUCAGGGAGCAGGUCCUCUUCAUGUAAUCCAUGUUUCUACAGUAGCCCAGAACAGACAAAGCGACCACUGGCGCUUUAACAUUACCCAAAGGCCACCGUAGUUCUCUGACUCACUCGAAACGGCAACAAUGUGAGCCAGAGGGUGUAAAACCAGGUAUCGCCAGCAGCCGUCUGACUUCCGUUGCUCCCAAAGUCGAGUCAUGAUGGUAAGGAUGUCCUCUGAGUAAGGGGAACAGUUUGGCGGCUCACAUAACUCCAGUCUUGGAAAGGGAGUGAGCAGAGGGAUAUUCAGUUGGUAACAAUCUGCUACCAGGCCCAUUCGAUGCCACUAAAUCGUACACCCUGUCCUUCUAAAGGUGCCCUGUGGACUUUUUUUCUUGUAUGUUUACACUCACUUUUUCUCACAAACACAUUGUGUAUCCUUGAGAUUAAACAAAUGUGCCGAAUGCAGGAUUUUAUUAUUUUCAUCCAUCCUUACUCGUUAGCAGUUUUUUGACCUACUCAAAAAAUAAAACCUGCUCAAAAACUCUAGUUUUAACAGAAAAAAUAGGAAAAGACAAAACGUUAAAUUAUCUCUUAACAUUAACUGGAUCUUGAAAAUUAUCUUUAUAGGUUCAACUUCAUUUACAACUAACUAGAAGUACGUCUAGCUGUCUCUGUGAGUGCAGUCCUGUGUGAGUGAAGAUAAGACAAUGUGGAGAGAAAAAAUACUUCAUCUUUAGCUCGACUUUCACAAAAGAAAAGCUUGUCAUGUCACUGACACAUGGGGUGUUUUUACUAUUCGAAGAAGAAAAUGAAAAAUGCGCCUUUUUUAUAUUGAGAAACUGCUUGUUUUGUAGUUUGCAAGUCUUUAUUCCAGUGCGUGUUAAGAAUCUGAUUUUAUGUUCAGAGAAGGCCAAUGUUGGAUUAAACAAACCACAUCAUUGCGUUUCAUGUUGUUUUAACCUGUGACAAUGCUGUUCUUUUUUCUUUUUAAUAAAGCAGUCGGUUUUUAUAAA